UUCAAUGGUUGGUCGCAGCCAGGUUCACUCACACACAACAGCGCUGUCAACACAGAGGCUGUUAACAAGGACAAACAGAGGCAGUGAGGAGCUGAAGUCAGUGCGUCUCCUCCUAAACUCAUCUGUCCCAUCAUGGCUCUUUCAGGAUCUCAAUCACCGGAUGAUGCUCUGCACGGCUCUUGGGUGGAGCUGGAGGGUCAGAGAGAAGAUGCAGUGGGACCACCGGACACAACGGCCUCUCUACUGCAGGGGGAGAUAGAGAGAAUCCUGCUGGAAGCUCAGCUGGAGUGUGAGAGGGGUAGUCAAACUGAGAGUCCUCCACAGGUCAUGACCCCAAGAAAAUCUGGGUCACCGAAACCAGCCAGUGAGGGCGGCAGCAGCAGCAGCACAGAUUGUGUUACUAUACAGUCAGAUGAGAGUGACAGAAGGGUGAGUGCUGAAUGGGUGUGGGAUUGGUCCAGUCGGCCAGAGAACCUGCCACCCAAGGAGUUUGUGUUUCAUCACCCAAAGCAGUCCCUGAGCGUGAGGAAGACAGAGGUGAUGAAGAGGGGCUUGUUUUCUUCAGAUGUGCUCCUCAUCCUCCUCCCUUCUCUGCUUGCCUCACAUGCUCUGACAUUGGGUCUGGGACUAUACAUCGGCAAACGACUGGCAUCCUCAUCUACCAGCACGCUGUGACGUGACCUUGGGCAGCUCACCAAGUGGCACUGUAGCUCAAUCACGCCUCUUUUCUCUUCCUUUGACGGUGCAAAUGAGAGAGCAAAACCCUCCCAACACUCCCUGUAUCUGUCCAAGUCUGUCUCUCUGUCUUCACACCUUUAAAGGGGUCAUAUCUUGAGGAAUGAAAUCGUUGUUGAUCUUUUGAACAAAACAAAGAGUAAUUUGUGUGUGUAGCACCUGCAGCUCUGCAGAUCCUUCUGAAUAAUCCCAAAAAACGAAAAACCUUUACUUACAUUAUACUAACAUUCUAAGCAAGACUGUGUGUUUUGACCAACCUGGUUUCACAGAAAACCAUUUUUGCUAAAUGAGUUCUACAUGUAUCUUAACGAUUUUCUAGUGAAAUGAACACUAGAGGCGUAACAAUGAGUUUUAUUCACUCUCGCACAUUUAUAAUGAGUAAAACGGCUGAUCCAACAGCUGAAAAACACAUAUUUUUUGCUCUGUUACUCUUAAAAUGCAAUUUUAUGACAUUGAAACACUUUUACAUAACGCAUGAUUUAAAAGACAAUACGCUUUAACGCUUGCAAAACAUAAUCAACUACAAUUACAAGCUUAUUCCAGUGUGACUAAGCGCGGAAGACCUGGGUAUGAGUCCUAAAGAGCACGUGAGUCGACACGUGAGCCGAAACUGUCAUAGAAGUGCCAUGAAAUGACGUGGUUGCUUCAGCAAUUGUGUUUUUCAUCUCACAUUUGCUUUUAUGGCACUAUCGGUUAGGUUUAAGGUUUAGGGUUGGGAGGAAGGUUUUGUUGAUUUAAAACUCGUCUGUUUGGGAGAGCAUUUAACUCAUUUAACACACAGUGGACAUUUCACCAGGUCAAUGUAAGCGUAGCGUAGUUCUAGCGGGAAGACUAGCAACUGUACAUCAUCGCACCAUUAGAUGGGUAAUUCCCAGCCAAUCGCAUGUAAGCCAUUGCUUUAUAAGUCUGCUCACAAUCUAUCACAUUGCUGUUUCAGUGUAAUAACACGGCAACCUCCACCACCCCACUACCACCAGUU